AUGGCCUCCGCCACCGACAAGGCCGAGGCGACCGCCCUCAAAGCCAAGGGCAACAAAGCCUUUCAAGAGCACGACUGGCCGACGGCCAUUGACUAUUACACAAAAGCGAUAGACAAAUACCCCUACGAUCCAUCCUUCUACUGUAAUCGAGCUCAGGCGAACAUCAAGCUCGAGGCCUACGGCUAUGCUAUUGCGGACGCCAGCAAGGCUAUCGAACUGGACAAAGACUAUAUCAAGGCAUAUUGGAGGCGAGCUGUGGCCAAUACAGCCAUCUUAAACUCGCAAGAUGCCCUUCGAGAUUUCAAGACGGUUGUCCGCAAAGAGCCGAACAACAGAGACGCGAAACUCAAACUGGCCGAAUGCGAAAGACUGGUCAAGAAGAUCAAAUUCCUCAAGGCGAUCGAGGUGGAAGAUGCGCCUUCGGCAUUCGAGAACCUGGACUUGGACUCGAUAGAGGUGGACCAGUCAUACGACGGCGUGCGGUUAAAAGACGAAAUGACACAAGGGUUCAUUGACGACAUGAUCGAAAGAUUCAAGAAUGGCAAGACAAUCCACAAGAAAUACGUGUUCCAGAUCCUCAAGGCAGUUCGGGAUAUUGUCUACAAUGAGCCCACCAUGGUCGAAGUGGAAGUUGCUCCGGACACUCAGUUGACCGUCUGCGGAGACACGCACGGCCAGUUCUUCGACCUUCUCGAGAUCUUCCGGCUCAACGGCUAUCCAUCAGACACGCACGGAUAUCUGUUCAACGGCGAUUUCGUGGAUCGAGGCUCUUGGUCGACUGAGAUUGCCUUGUUGUUGUACGCCUACAAAUGGUUGCGGCCGUCAUUUUUCUUCCUGAACCGAGGAAAUCACGAGACAGACGACAUGAACCGAGUGUACGGGUUUGAGGGCGAAUGCAAGGCCAAAUACAACGAAAAGACGUUCAAGCUGUUCUCCGAGUCGUUUUCCGCCCUUCCGUUGGCGACGCUCAUUGGCAAGAAAUACCUGGUUCUCCACGGCGGCUUGUUCUCCGAUGACAAAUAUACUCUGGACGACAUUCGCAAACUUGAUCGACAUGCUCAGAGGCAGCCAGGUCAGGCCGGGUUGAUGAUGGAGAUGUUGUGGACGGAUCCUCAGCCUCAGCCUGGAAGAGGACCGAGCAAACGAGGUGUUGGCCUACAGUUUGGGCCGGAUGUGACCAAGAGAUUCUGUGAGAACAAUGGCCUGGAAGCUGUCAUCCGGAGUCACGAGGUGAGAAUGGAUGGGUAUGAAGUCGAGCAUGACGGUAGAUGUAUUACUGUCUUCUCGGCGCCCAAAUACUGCGACACGACGGAGAACAAAGGAGCAUAUAUCAACAUCGGCCCUGACUUGAAACUCGAAUACCACCAGUUUGACGCAGUCCCGCAUCCCGAUAUCAAACCAAUGGUGAGUACCAUAACUUUUACCUCUCUGUGA